CCAACAGGUGGGCUGUUCUCAGAAGCAGCGCGCUAAUCACACUGCGCCGCUGCGCUUUUAGCUUUCGCUUGGAAACGCGUCAGCUAGCGGAGUUAACUAGUUUUCGGUUCACUUUGUUCGAUGAAAAAAGACGCUUAGCAUUUUAGCUAGGUCGCUUAUUAGCUAGUCUGUUACAUCAUGGCGGCUGUUCGCAGUUUGCGGGUUUCUGUGAAACACGAAAGCGCGUCGGAUCAGUCAGACUCUGACUCGGACUCGGACCGGAAUAUUCGUGAAGCCGAACCCAUGGAGGUAGAAGAGGGAGAACUUGCCCUGGAAUCCAUUUCUGUUCGCCGAAGUUUAAAGGAAUUGUUACCGGACACAAGCCGGCGAUAUGAAAACAAGGCGGGAGCUUUUAUUACGGGCAUCGAUGUAACAUCCAAGGAAGCAAUUGAGAAAAAGGAAAAGAGAGCGAGGCGAUUUCACUUCCGUGCAGAGGACAAUGUCACUCAGAGGAACGUGGUGCUGGACAGAGAGCUUAUAAAAAAAGCAAUUCCUAAGAUCCGACUGGAGGCCUUACAUUUGAGCGGUGUGGAUGACCUGAGCACCCAGGAUGUGUUUAGCUUCUUUCAAGAGUAUCCUCCAGCACAUAUCGAGUGGAUUGAUGAUACAGCAUGUAAUAUAGUUUGGCUGGAUGACAUAACUUCAACCCGAGCUCUGAUUAACAUGAGCCGGAUGCCUGACAAAGACGACACUAACACUGCUGACUCCAAAACAACUGACCUUCCAGUCCAAGAAGAGAGAGUGAGGCAGGAUCAUGGCUCGGAUGAAGAAGAAGGGGAGGUUGAUGAUGAGGUGGUGAAGGCAGACAAAAGCAGUGAAGACAGUGAAGGAAAAGCCAGUGACAGUGAGGAGGAAACAGAGAAAAAAACAACACAGGAAACUUCCCAUACAGACGAACUGUCUCAGGCAGAGCAUGAGUCUCUGCUCCGCAAUGACCUGCGUCCCAUGACCAAAUCCUUGAAAGGCAACAAGCUGUUCCUUCGUUUUGCCACACAUGAUGAUAAAAAGGAGCUUGGUGCUGCGAGACGAAGUCGCUACUAUAUGAAAUAUGGCAAUCCAAACUAUGGGGGAAUGAAGGGCAUCCUGAGUAAUUCUUGGAAACGUAGGUAUCAUACACGGAGAAUCCAACGUGAUGUUCUAAAGACCAAAAAGUCCUUAAUCGGAGACAGUAUGGGACAUACUCCACCAUAUACACACAGACAUUCAGCUGAUCUGGUGAAUCUACCAGAGGAGCCUAUUGAAGAAGAAGAAGAGGAAGAAGAGGAUGGAGAGGAAGACAUGGACGCUGAUGACAGAGUUGUAGAGUAUAAAGACAGGGAAAGAGGGGCACAACCUGGAGAAGGGAGCCUCCGUAGACGUCUGGGGGGCUCGUUCUCCGAGUCCUCAGAUUCAGACGAAAUGGACUAUGACCUAGAGCUGAAGAUGAUCUCAACACCUUCACCUAAAAAAAGCAUGAAGAUGACCAUGUAUGCAGAUGAGGUUGAAAGUAACCUCAAGACCAUCAGAAAUUCCAUUCGGAGUGACUCCGGUUCAUCUAGUAGCGGUAUACGUAGUCGCAUUGGUAGUGGUGUGAGCAAACCUACAUCAGAAAAAGUGACAGAUGUCAGGCAGUUACUGGAGGAGAAAAGACAAGGACUUUCACAAACGAGGACAUGCCCCCCUGUGGCCUCCACUGGAAAGACAGAUGUGAGACAGAGGUUGGGGAAGAGGCAGCACUCUCCAGAAAGGCACCGCUCUGUCUCUCCUGUCCCUCCUAGAAACACAGCCGCUCGUAGAGAGCCACUUACUGACGUUCACAGCAGACUCGGGACAACUAAACAUGAAUCACGGGGCCUCUACUCAGAGCCCACCAAGGACAAAAAGUCAGGUGGUCUGUGGAGCCGACUGGGGCCGUCAAAUAAAGAGAGCCAAAGCGAUGGCAAGUUGUCUGCCAGACUAGGAAAAGCACCUUCCUCACGUGGGAGCAGGCAGCGGGAUGACUCGGACGGGGUCGAUGAUUCUGAGGAUGAAGAUGACGAUUCACAGCUGCAAAAAAUGUGGGGGGCGAUGAUCAAGCAGAAGGAGCAACGGUCCAACAAAAUGAAGAAAAGCCGGCUGGACAACCUUCCAUCACUUCAGAUUGAGAUCAGCCGGGACAGCAGCAACGGCUCCGACAGUGACACUUGAGAUGGAACAGGAGACGUAAACUAGAGAGAUAAGGAGGAAACGAGAGAAAAUAAAAUGCUGCUGACUUGUUGAAAAGAAACUUGCAAGUAGUUAGCUUCACUAUCCAGCCCUAGUCCGUACAUGGAUCCUGCCAACAUCCUUUCUUGUUCUCUCUCUGAAUGCACCUAACACACAUGACUCACACUCCUCUGCCAAAAGAGAGAGAAAAUCUAGUCUAAAUAAGGGUCCUUGAUUAAGAAAUGUAGUUUGAGCCUUUCUUUAUAAAGAAGCAGUUUGUAAUUUUUAAAACCCUUUGCUGACUGUGGGGCAAAUUUCUUUUGCAAUGAAAAUGCUAACAAGCAUACACCUUCCACUGCAUGGCAAUAUUGCAAAGUAGUUUUUUUCUUUAUAAUUGUAUUAUUUGUACAGGUCUAAAAAGCAUUUAGAAACUACAAGCUGCACCUUUAUAAGAUUAGGAUUGUUUGCUGUAUGUACAAGACCCAUGUAUGUUGUAUGGCGAUGCACCAGGUUGAGAAUAAUGUUACAUCUAAAACAGCAAUGUCUCUAGAAAAUACUUUUCAUAAAUAUAUUGUCAUUAGCAACAGGUAAUGCUGCCAUCUCACAGAUCCUGAACUCCUGGUUUCCCACAGGUUUUCCUUUUUCUUCUCAAAAACUUUCCACUUAGUGGACUGAUUAAUCUAAUCUACUCCUACUGUUGCCCUUGACCAGGAUAAAAUGUUUACAGCUAAACUACAGCUAAAUAAAUGAAUCAUGUUUGAUAUUAAGAAUGCUAAAACUGAUAUCUAAAAAUAGAUUUUUGUAGUUGGGAAUUGUGUUGGGAUUUACAGAUUAAUUCACUGGUGCAUACCAUACAGAUCAGGGGUAGAUAAUUAGGCUGGAGAACCAGAGUCCAGUGAACUUUGGUGGUUUUUCUGUUUACUCUCUAAGCAAAGUAAGAGAAACAACAUACUGUAGCUGGAUUCUGACUCUCCACUACAACAUCAUCAUGUGCAUCAAUGACAGAGGUGCAGACACUAGGUACAGCAACACCCAUGUUGAUUGGUGCCGUGGUGCAAAUUUGGGACUGAAGAUUCACCAUAUCAUAGCCAAUAAUUCAGAUUUUUUUAAAAAAAAAGUUCUACAUUCCCAUACAGUAUGUGGUCAAAUAGCUCAACAAGCAAUGAAAUGUAUUGUAUGUGCAAAUAAACAUCUUUUUACAUAA